GUGGCGGGGUCAAAGUUGUUUUGUCUUUUGUGCACAGCAGAAGAGAAGAGUGGAGUCCGAUCAAACAGCGGCGUCUCUUCCCUCUUCCCCGAGUCCUCUUAAAACUCCCUCCCAAACCUCUCCCCUUCCACCCUUGUCACCCUAUCCACCCCCUGGACACACUUCAAGGGACGGUUCGGACUUUCAGCAAAUCCCCAAAAACCUACUUUGUUGCCAAGUGUGGUGUGUUUGGAUUAAACGACUGCAAUGGACUCCAGUCUGGUAGAAGGAGGACUAAAUGUUACCUUAACCAUCAGGUUACUCAUGCAUGGGAAGGAGGUUGGAAGCAUAAUUGGCAAGAAAGGAGAGUCGGUGAAGAAAAUGAGAGAAGAGAGUGGUGCUCGCAUCAAUAUCUCAGAGGGAAACUGUCCAGAGAGGAUCAUAACCCUCGCAGGACCCACCACCUCCAUUUUUAAAGCCUUUUCUAUGAUAAUUGAGAAACUGGAGGAGGACAUCAGCACCUCCAUGACAAACAGCACGGCCACCAGCAAACCGCCAGUAACCAUGCGCCUCGUCGUGCCUGCCAGUCAGUGUGGCUCACUCAUCGGCAAGGGUGGCUGUAAGAUCAAAGAAAUCCGGGAGUCGGCAGGAGCUCAGGUACAAGUAGCAGGGGACAUGCUGCCCAACUCAACAGAACGUGCCAUCACCAUUGCGGGGACUCCACAGUCCAUCAUCGAGUGUGUCAAGCAGAUCUGCGUCGUCAUGCUCGAGUCUCCACCGAAAGGAGUAACCAUCCCAUACAGGCCCAAACCCUCAGGCUCUCCUGUCAUAUUUGCAGGUGGUCAGGCAUACGCUGUCCAAGGGCAGCACGCCAUUCCACAGCCUGAUCUCACUAAACUUCACCAGCUGGCCAUGCAGCAGACCCCCUUCCCCAUUGCACAUGGAAACCAGGGCUUCCAGGGUAGGUGGAUCGGUUUUCUACCUUUUUUUUUUUUUUUCCUCCCACAUUUCCUCUUAUUCCGUUUGCUCUCUCUUAAAGCUGGGAUGGAUGCCUCUGCACAAACUGGCUCUCAUGAGCUGACCAUUCCAAAUGAUCUUAUCGGCUGCAUUAUAGGCCGUCAGGGUGCAAAGAUCAACGAGAUCCGUCAGAUGUCAGGGGCCCAGAUAAAAAUUGCCAACCCAGUGGAGGGCUCGACUGACAGACAGGUCACCAUCACUGGUUCCCAUGCCAGCAUCAGCCUGGCGGAGUACCUGAUCAACGCUCGGCUUUCUUCUGAAGCUACUGGCCUUGCAGCCAACUGACAUGGAGGAUUUUCAUCAGCAUCUACUUUAACCCCUGCCCCGACUUUUUACCAAGAGGUCCCUUAUUGAACUUAAUGCAAAAACCAAGUACUAUAAAUCAACAGCUUUCUCCUGCAUUGGUUAGACAUCUACUUCAGUUGUAAUUACACCAUAAUGCUAUUGGUAUUUUAUUUAUUUAUUAUGUUUUAAAUUCUGUUUGCAUAUAGUUUUCAAAGAUCUUCUUCUGUUGUAUUUUUCCUCUUGUUUUGCUGUAUAUCUGUAAGAUCUUCUUGAUAAACUGUAAGUAUCAUGUUUUAGAAAAAUCUGAAAAGCAUAAAUAAGAUUUUUCUUACAUCAGAUUUUUCUUAGAAAAUAAAAAAAAUAGAAAAAAAACACAAUAACAUAAUAGAUGGACUGUUCUUUCCCCUCUUUUUAAAUAUUUAUUUUUAUUUAUUAUACAGUUCCUUGUAUAAGUAGAAUUCAUUAAUAUUUGGCAUUUGCUGUUUGAAGCUGUACUUCCUGAAUGAGGCAUUGUGGGUUUAACGGGUUUUGGUGUGUAAUAAGGAGCUGAAUAUGUAUGCAGGAAAAACAAUACAAUUUUUAAGUCUGAAGGUGAUUUGUUUAGUGCGGGUUAACGGAUCUUAUUAAGCUAUAUCAUGUCUCACUUCUAACUUGCUCAGUAAUCGUUUUUUGUGUCAUUCCUGUGUUAUCAUCUGGUUUUGUAUAUUUUUUUUUUUCUUUUGUUAAUCUGGACUUUUGGAGCAUUACAUUGAUUUGAUAUAAGGUUGGUGGACCUUGAUCCCCAGGAGUCAUCCUGGACACAAAGUUUUUCUUUUCUCAGAAAUAACUAAGACCAUAGUUGUGGUGUCGAUAACAUUGAAAUAUUUGUUUUAAAUAGAGAAAAUAUUUUUUUUAACUGCUGGGCUGGGGAAUGCUGCAAGGGGCAAAACUAAAGACAUAAUUGUCUUUAUAAGUAUAUUAAGCUGAAGUAUUAAAUUAUAAUUAACUAGAAGGAGAGCUAUAGAAUUAACACUAGUUUCCUGCUAUCCUUUUUUGCCUGGGUCAGAUUUUAUUUUUUUUAUUCUUUGCAGGAUGAAGAAACUCACGUUUUUGUGCACGUUUUCAAACUAUUGUAGAUCUGGGUGCAAUUAAAUUGUUGAAGAAUUGAAAUGCAAAAAUAAAAGAUGUGAAAUGCUUAAA